UUUGGGUCUCAAGAAAGGCUAUAACUAAACCAAAUAAAUGUCAAACGACACUUAACUCUGUACAACAAAGCCAUGAACAUUCCGGCAAGUAGGUUACCGGAGUUUCAUGAAAUUCCUGUGGCCCAACCAAAGAAACUUCUGCAGAUCAUCAUAUUAAUCAUCAUUAUCUCCUCUCAUCCAACAAACUCACAAUCCUUUUCUUCUUCUCCAGCCGAUGACCUUUCAGAUUCACCGGAUACCGCCACAAAUUUCCAGCCAAGCUUAGCAGUUGUCAUCGGAGUUCUUGCCAUCAUGUUCGCUUUAACAUUUAUGCUCUUGGUUUACGCAAAAUGUUGUCACAGACCAUCGUCGCUUCAGUACUUGAAUCAAGAAAACUUGGGUGAGUUACCUCGACCACUCUCCAGGGUUUCCGGCAUCGAUAAAACUGUGAUCCAAUCACUGCCGUUUUUCCGGUUUUCUACCUUAAAAGGAUGGAGAAACGGCUUGGAAUGUUCUAUCUGUUUGUCAAAAUUUGAAGACAUAGAGAUUCUUAGAUUGUUGCCCAAAUGCAAACACGCGUUUCAUAUCGAUUGUGUGGAUCAAUGGCUCGAGCAACACUCUGGGUGUCCACUUUGUAGGUGUAAAGUAAGCGAAGAGGAUGCGAUGCUUUUUGCAAAUUCGAGUAGUUUAAGGUUUUUAAAUUCUGAUCGAAAGCGAGAAGAUUCAAACCUGGGACUGUUCAUCGAGAGGGAAGGGUCCACACGAUUUGGAAGUCAAAGAAGUUAUGGAAAAAUGGAACACGAAAUGAAGGAUCAAGAAAUCUUGGAAGAUGAAGACACCUUGCAUAAGUUUAAUCAUCGAAUCAUUAUAUCUGAUUAUGAUUAUGAUCGAAUGAUGAAGAGCAGAUGGAGCAAUUUGAACUCAUCUGAUCUUUUGUUUUUGAAAUCCGAGAUGAUAACUUCUUUGUCAAACAAGGUACUUAAUCGUCAUGGUGAUCAAGAAACUGUUGCUCCCAUGUCGAACAACACUUUGGAUAGUUACUCGACUGUUAAAACAGACGGAAACUAUCGAACUGAUGAUCAUGAUCAUCAAGUGAUCAAAGUCAAAGAAGAGCUGAAACGAAAAAGAGAAUUCGAGAAGAAAAUCAAGAAAUUUUCCAAUGGAGAGUCGGAUAUGAAAUCUGCGAAACUCGUUUCUCAACGGUCUAUGUCGGAAAUCAUCGUUCAUCCAAGAUUUCUUGGUGUUGAAUCAAGCAACGAGGUAGGUAAUUUCGGAGAAAUUAGUGCUAAAGAAGAGAGAUUAAAGAGAUUAUGGCUACCAAUUGCUAGAAGAACAGUUCACUGGUUUGCUAAUCGAGAUCAACAGCUGCAGGUUAACACGAAAUCACAAGUUUAAUUUUGAUCGAAGAACUAAUUUUCAAGGUUCUUCUCACCACAUGUUAUAAAAGAAAAGAAGUUAUAUACUUUUUUGUAGAGAUUUCUUUAGAUUUUACACAUUUUACAGAAAUUAAUAACCUUUUUUAUUAUAUUUAGUUGUAAAGUGUCCUAAUAUAUUGCUCUUGUCAGUUGUAUUUCGUACCUUA